UUUGGAUUUUAAUUAAAAAUUCACUUUUUCAAUAUUUAAUAAUAAUUUAUGUUUAUCUUGAAUGUCUAGUAUUUUUCCUUUAAAUUAAGAGAGCAAAUAUACAAUCAUUUUAAGGGUGAGUUGCAUCAAAUCAUCGUUUAAAGUAUUCGUUAUGGUUAAUUAUAACGAUAACUUUAACAAAAACGUAUAUUUUUACAAACCCUACCGUUUAAUCGAUUAUGUGAUUACGAGACAAUGGGAUCAGAACCCGGAUUUAUAUAUGCACGUACUGUACGAAUGAUUUUUUCUAUCCAGGCCACUGACCUCUAUAUAUGGAUUGGUUAUAAACCGUGAUAUUCUGUGGCUAUUUUAUUUUUUCAGUUUUGGUGAUGAUGAUUGGUUUAUAGCGGUAAUGUGGAUUUAAACUUAUAAUACAGAUAGAUUUAAGUAUCACGUAACAACAACAGGCGCAUUUAAAUCGGAACGAGGCAAGAGUUGUAUUUUGCAAGCAAUCGUCUAUCCAUUUAUAAAUUUCAGUGAGCCGCAUUUUGUAAUGUAAGACUCAAAAAUUUCUUAUAUUCUUUUACACUUCUUUUCCUUAAAAGCCGGCAACGCAUCUGAAGUUCCUCUGGUGUUGCAGAUGUCCAUGGGUGUCGUUGAUCACCUCGGUGUUCCCGCCGCUCGCCUGCCCCCCCGCUCUUAUAAAAAAAUAUAUAUUUAUGGUAACCACCAUAAAGCAACAAAUCACUUUAUCUGUCAAAUAAAAGUCACAAAAUGUCAAAAAUGUGCUAAUUUUCAGUUUUAGUUAAAAUCUGUGCCAAAAAAAAUCUCAAUCAGGUCUACCAUGGGUCUGAUAUGAUUAAGAGAAAAAUGAAAGCAACCGAUUUUAAUGAUGCUGUGUAGUCUACAAUGGUGGGCUACCAACGCAAUGACAGCCUCACUCAUAGUCAGAAGUUUGCUGUUGGGUGCUUCACUGGCAUCAUAACGCGCUUGAUCACACAACCCGUCGACAUCAUAAAAUUAAGAACACAACUACAAAAAAGAAAACAUAUAAAGCACCUUAGUAUGUUCCAAAUGAGUAGGAAAAUUUUGGAAGAAGAAGGCUUUAAAGCUUUUUUUCAUGGACAUUAUAUUGGACAGGUACAUUCUAUCUUAUCCGUUAGUACUCAGUUCUUCAUAUAUGAAUUAGUAUCAAAACAAGUUGUAAAUUCAGGAAUAAAUGAGAAACAUAUGCCCGCAAUGUUGUUCUUCAGUGGCAUCAUAGCCGGGUGCUGUUCAGGCGCCGUCGCUCUGCCUCUAGAAGUGAUCAGAGUAAGACAGAUGAUUGCCAAAGAACAGUAUAAGGGAAUACUUAACGGAGCAAAAGCCGUAUACAAAGCGGGAGGCAUUCUUGCUUUCUACGAAGGUCUAUCAGCUUCUCUUAUACAAUACGGGCCCUCUGUUGGUCUGUCAUUUUCAGUGUUUCGCUUUAUGCAACCACUGCUAUUGAAAAAAUUGGGCCAACGUCGUGAUCGUGAUGAUGCUCUCAAUACUGACUAUAAGCCAUCUCAUGUGGUCGUCGCAAGCAUGAUCGCUGGAUCUACGGCGGGCUUUGUUUCAAAAACUGCUACGUAUCCGCUAGACUUAGUAAAACGGCGACUGCAAAUUGGAACUCACAAAGAAGAUGAUAGGUUCACCACUAGCGUAACAUCUCGUCAUCUAAUUCGGUGCACUAGUUUUCUAACAUGCAUAAGAAAUAUAAUUAGAAAGGAGGGUUUUAGUGGUCUAUAUCAAGGUUGGCUAGUGACAGUUUUAAAAUCACAAUUAACGAGUAUUGUAGCAUUCACAACUUACGAAUGUGCAUGUUAUGUUGUUAGGGAAUUCAACAAACCUGUCCGUUAAUUUUAUUUAUACAUAUAUUUGGAUGCAUUAUAUAUUAUUAAGUGUUGAUGUCUGUCAUGUUGUUAUA